AUGCGCUUUUCUUACCUCGCUGUGGCAUCCUUCUGGGCUCAAGCUCUGGCUGUCACCCCUGACAAUGUCUCUUCAGCUCUGCAGCAUUGGCUAUACAGCAGUCAAGUGGACGACCAGGCCUUAAUGCUCCUGGACAGGCCUGACAUUGCUGGGAUCCAAGCCUUAUAUAGCUGGAAGUCUCUUGAGCCAGCCGAGAGUCAAUACGACUUUGCCAACGUCAGAGAGGAUUACCAAAAAGUACUCUCCAAAGGCAAAAAGUUCUGGAUCCAACUCCAAGAUAGAACUUUCAGCCCAGGCAAUGAUCCCGUCCCCAAGUACAUGCACACGCCGUACUACAACAACGGAAGCGCGCCAUCUUGUGAUGGUGACUCUUGCGACACCGACUUUGAGGUCACUGGAUGGGUAGCGCAGCAAUGGAACCCGCGUGUUCGCCAUCGCUUUCAAGCCCUUUUGAGUGCAUUGGCCGAGGAGUUUGAUGGCACGAUUACCGGCCUCAAUCUGGCGGAGACGUCUAUUGCAGUGGACGAAAACGCAAACAACUACACCAAUGAGAGUUACUUCUUGGGAGAAUUAGAAAACGCCGGGUACGCGGCCAAAGUCUUCAAGAAGAGCCAUGCCGUGCAGUACGUCAACUUCUGGCCCGAUGGCUGGAACAACACCAACAACCGCUUCGAGGACUCAUUCAACUAUUACGCGAAGCAUGGAGUCGGCGUUGGCGGGCCUGACUUGAUUCCCAACAAACCGGGACAGGAGGCGAACUCAUAUGUUUACAUUCCAAAGUUCCACUGCAAGGUUCCUAUUGCGGUUGUGGCAGUUCAAGAGAAUGAUUUGAAAGAGAUCAAUGAGAAGACUGGAAAGCCGUUCACAAAGGAAGAGUUUGUGAAUUUUGCGGUUAAUGAGCUGCAUGUUGAAAUCAUCUUUUGGGCAGUGGCAACUCCGUGGCUACAGAGCAGUUGA